GAAUUCAUCUGGCAAUCCCCGCUCACUGCGCUUCCUGCUCACGGUUGCUCCUACAGCAUCUCGCACCACUGCUUCACUGCUGGCAACUCGGAAUUAACGACACUGCCUGGAUUUACAAUUGGAGGACUGGAGGGCUGCCACCAUGGUCACCAUCCCGGAGUACUAUGAAGGGAAGAGUGUCCUCAUCACGGGAGCCACGGGCUUCAUGGGGAAGGUUUUGCUGGAGAAGCUCUUGCGUUCCUGUCCAGGCGUUAAGGUUGUCUACGUGCUUGUCCGCUCCAAGGCAGGCCAGGCUCCCCACAAGCGCAUUGCGGACAUGGCCAACUGCAAACUCUUCGACAGAUUAAGAGAUGAACAGCCCGGCUUUGCUGAGAAAAUAGUAGCCAUAAACAGUGACUUGACUCUGCCUGAACUGGACCUGACGAAAGAGGACCAGGAGACACUGGCGGCCAAUGUCAACAUAGUCUUCCACUGUGCAGCAACGAUCCGAUUCAACGAGCCUCUCAAAGAUGCAGUGCAGCUGAACGUCCUGGCCACGCAGAAGAUGGUGGCUCUGGCCCACACGAUAAAGCAGCUGGAGGUGUUCAUCCACGUGUCCACGGCCUAUGCCAACUGUGACCGCAAACUCAUUGAGGAGGUGGUCUACCCCCCACCGGUAGACUACAAGAAGCUCAUAGACUCCUUAGAGUGGAUGGAUGACAAGCUUGUGGAUGUAAUGACGCCAAAGCUGAUUGGUGAACGGCCAAACACAUACACUUACACCAAGGCUUUGGCCGAGUAUCUGGUCCAGCAGGAGUGUGGGAACCUGAACGUGGCGAUCGUCAGGCCCUCCAUUGUUGGAGCCAGUUGGAUGGAGCCCUUCCCCGGAUGGAUUGAUAAUUUCAACGGUCCUAGUGGAAUUUUCAUUGCUGCGGGGAAAGGCAUUCUGCGCACGAUGAGGGCCUCCAACAAUGCGGUGGCUGACCUGGUGCCUGUAGAUGUUGUCAUCAACAUGACGCUGGCCGCUGCCUGGUACUCAGGCUCCCAAAGGCACAACAGACCUAAAUCCAUGUUGGUUUACAACUGCACAACCGGUGGCAUCAACCCAUUCCACUGGGGGGAAGUUGAGUACCAUGUAAUAUCCACUUUCAAGAGGAACCCCCUUGAGCAGGCCUUCAGACGGCCCAAUGUAAAUCUCACCACAAACCACCUAAUCAAUCAGUACUGGAUCGCUGUAAGCCACAUGGCACCAGCUUUCCUUUAUGAUCUCUACCUCAGGAUGACGGGGAGAGAGCCCAGGAUGAUGAAGACCAUCAAGCGGCUGCACAAAGCCAUGUUGGUGCUGGAGUAUUUCACCAGCCACUCCUGGGUAUGGAACACAGACAACAUCACCAUGCUCAUGAACCAGAUGAGCCCCGAGGACAGGAAGGUAUUUAACUUUGAUGUGCGGCAGCUGCACUGGGCAGAGUACAUGGAGAACUACUGUAUGGGCACCAAAAAGUAUGUGCUGAACGAGGAUCUGUCAGGCCUACCAGCAGCCAGGAAACAUCUCAGCAAAUUGCGAAACAUUCGCUACACGUUCAACACGCUGCUGGUGGUGGUCAUCUGGAGGGUGUUCAUCGCCAGGUCGCAGAUGGCGCGCAACAUCUGGUACUUUGUGGUCAGCCUGUGCUUCAAGUUCCUGUCCUACUUCAGAGCGUCCAGCACCCUCAGACACUGAGAGCGAGAGAGAGAGACGAGAGACGGUGGGGCGAUGGGUCACAGAGGAAUGUGACCAAACUUCCUCCCCUCUGGUAAUACCCUGCAACCCCCCCUACCCCCCCCCCCCAAC